AUGGCUCGUUUCGGAGAGGAGGUGGCGGCCCGCUACGGGCCCGGCGGCGGCGGGAGCGGCCCCGGGGCGGCGGCGGGGGGCCGGGGAGCGGGGGGGGGCCCGCGGCAGGGCCCCCCCGGGGCUCAGCGCCUCUACAAGCAGUCCAUGGCCCAGCGCGCCCGCACCAUGGCCCUGUACAACCCCAUCCCGGUGCGGCAGAACUGCCUCACCGUCAACCGCUCGCUCUUCCUCUUCAGUGAGGACAACGUGGUGAGGAAAUACGCCAAAAAGAUCACCGAAUGGCCUCCUUUUGAAUACAUGAUUUUAGCCACCAUCAUCGCGAACUGCAUCGUCCUUGCGCUGGAGCAGCACCUGCCCGACGAGGACAAGACCCCCAUGUCGGAGCGGCUGGACGACACGGAGCCGUAUUUCAUCGGCAUCUUCUGCUUCGAGGCGGGGAUCAAGAUCAUCGCGCUGGGCUUCGCCUUCCACAAAGGCUCCUACCUGCGCAACGGCUGGAACGUCAUGGACUUCGUGGUGGUGCUCACGGGCAUCCUGGCCUCAGUGGGCUCCCAGUUCGACCUGCGGACGCUGCGGGCCGUGCGAGUGCUCCGGCCCCUCAAGCUGGUCUCGGGGAUCCCAAGUUUACAAGUCGUGCUGAAGUCCAUCAUGAAGGCGAUGAUCCCGCUGCUGCAGAUCGGGCUCCUGCUCUUCUUCGCGAUCCUCAUCUUCGCCAUCAUAGGAUUAGAGUUUUAUAUGGGCAAAUUCCACACCACCUGCUUCGACCUGGUCACAGACGAGAUCAAGGUGGAGGUCCCGUGCGGGACGGACGAGCCGGCCCGGAUCUGCCCCAACGGCACCAAGUGCAAGAAAUAUUGGGAAGGGCCCAACUACGGCAUCACGCAGUUCGACAACAUCCUCUUCGCCGUGCUCACCGUCUUCCAGUGCAUCACCAUGGAAGGGUGGACCGACCUCCUCUACUAUAGCAACGACGCCUCAGGGAACACUUGGAACUGGCUGUACUUCAUCCCCCUCAUCAUCAUCGGCUCCUUUUUUAUGCUCAACCUCGUGCUGGGGGUCCUGUCCGGCGAGUUUGCCAAAGAGCGGGAGCGGGUGGAGAACCGCCGGGCCUUCCUCAAGCUGCGGCGGCAGCAGCAAAUCGAGCGGGAGCUCAACGGAUACAUGGAGUGGAUCUCCAAGGCGGAAGAGGUGAUCCUGGCCGAGGACGAGCCCGAGGCCGAGCCCCGGCGCCCCUUCGAUGCUCUCCGGAGGGCCACCAGCAAGAGGAGCAAGACGGACCUGCUGAGCCCCGAGGAGGGCGAGGAGCAGCUGGGGGACAUCGCGGCCAUGGGGUCCCCCUUCGCCCGUGCCAGCCUCAAAAGUGCCAAGCUGGAGAACGCCACCUUCUUCCACAAGCGGGAGCGGCGGAUGCGCUUCCACAUCCGGCGGAUGGUGAAAACUCAGGCCUUCUACUGGACCGUGCUCAGUCUGGUAGCCCUCAACACCCUGUGUGUUGCUAUCGUUCACUACGACCAGCCAGAUUGGCUUUCCGACUUCCUCUACUAUGCAGAAUUCAUUUUCUUGGGACUCUUUAUGUCCGAAAUGUUUAUAAAAAUGUACGGGCUGGGGACGCGGCCUUACUUCCACUCGUCCUUCAACUGCUUCGACUGUGCCGUUAUCAUCGGAAGCAUCUUCGAGGUGAUCUGGGCUGUUGUGAAGCCGGGAACAUCCUUCGGGAUCAGCGUGCUGCGAGCUCUCAGGUUACUGCGCAUCUUCAAAGUCACCAAGUACUGGGCUUCCCUGCGGAACCUGGUGGUGUCCCUGCUGAACUCCAUGAAAUCCAUCAUCAGCCUCCUCUUCCUCCUCUUCCUCUUCAUCGUCGUCUUCGCCCUUUUGGGGAUGCAGCUCUUCGGGGGACAGUUCAAUUUUGACGACGGGACCCCUCCCACCAAUUUCGACACCUUCCCAGCAGCAAUAAUGACGGUGUUUCAGAUCCUGACGGGAGAAGACUGGAACGCGGUGAUGUACGACGGGAUCAAAUCUCAGGGCGGCGUCAAGGGCGGGAUGGUUUUCUCCGUCUACUUCAUUGUGCUCACCCUCUUUGGCAACUACACUCUGCUGAACGUCUUCUUGGCCAUCGCCGUGGACAACCUGGCCAACGCGCAGGAGCUCACCAAGGAUGAGCAGGAGGAGGAGGAAGCCGCCAACCAGAAGCUGGCGCUGCAGAAGGCGAAGGAGGUGGCCGAGGUCAGCCCGCUGUCCGCAGCCAACAUGUCCGUCACCAUGAAGGAGCAGCAGAAGAACCAGAAAUCCUCCAAGUCGGUGUGGGAGCAGCGCACGAGCGAGCUGAGGAAGCAGAACCUGCUGGCGAGCCGCGAGGCGCUGUACAGCGAGCUGGACCCCGAGGAGCGCUGGAAGGUGCCCUACGCUCGCCACCUGCGCCCGGACAUGAAGACGCACCUGGACCGGCCCCUGGUGGUGGACCCGCAGGAGAACCGCAACAACAACACCAACAAAACGCGGCCCGGGGAGCCCCCGCCCGACCCCCGCUUCGGGCCGCUCCGAGCCGAGGAGCUGCGCCGGCAGCAGCCGCGUUACCCCGAGCACGGCGGGGGACCCCGGCCCGGGGACCCCGCGGGACCCCCCGGGAGCCGCCGGCCCCGCAGCAGCAGCCGGGAGCCGGAGCGGGAGCCCAGCCAGGAGCGCGGCUACUCGGAGGGCGAGCGCCUCAAAGGGCGGCACCGAAGCCGCGACGGCCGCGCCGGGUCCCCCCCGCCCGAGCGGGAGCACCGGCGGCACCGCGGGCACCGGCGCGGGCCCGAGGAGGGAGAGGAGGGAGCCAGGCCCGAGCGGCGGCCGCGGCACCGGGAAGGGGGGCGGCCGCCGAGGGGGGAGGGCGACCCGGAGCACGGGGAUGGCGAGCGGCGGCGGCGGCACCGGCACGGGCCAGCGCCCGGGUACGACGGAGAGGGCAGGAGGGAGGACAAGGAGCGGAGGCACCGGCGGAGGAGGGAGACGCAGCCGCCCCCGGCGCCGUCGGGCCCCACGCUCUCCACCACCCGCCCCAUCCAGCAGGACCUGGGGCGCCGGGAGCCCCCCGUGGCCGAGGACAUCGACAACAUGAAGAACAACAAGCUGGCCACGGCAGAGCCCCCCGCACCGCCCUCCAUGGGCAACCACACCCCCUGCCCCCCCGCCGGACCCCCCCGCCGGGCCCCCCCAGCCGCCAACCCCCCGCCCCCCGAAAACAGCCUGGUGGUCACUAACCCCGGGCCCCCCAACAACCCCGGCAAGGCCGGGGGAAAGCCGGAGCACACGGCCGUGGACAUCCCGCCCCCGUUCCCGCCGCCCCCCAGUAACGCCCUGGUCCAAGUGAACAGGAACGCCAACCCCGAGCCGCUGCCCCGCAAGGAGGAGGAGGAGAAGAAGGAGGAGGAAGGCGACGCGCAGGACGAGAACGGCCCCAAGCCCAUGGUGCCCUACAGCUCCAUGUUCAUCCUCUCCACCACCAACCCGUUCCGGCGGCUGUGCCACUACAUCGUGAACCUGCGCUACUUCGAGAUGUGCAUCCUCAUGGUCAUCGCCAUGAGCAGCAUCGCGCUGGCGGCCGAGGACCCCGUGCAGCCCAACGCCCCCCGCAACAACGUGCUGCGCUACUUCGAUUACGUCUUCACGGGGGUCUUCACCUUCGAGAUGGUGAUCAAGAUGGUGGAUCUGGGGCUGGUGCUUCACCAAGGUGCCUAUUUCCGGGACCUGUGGAACAUUCUGGAUUUCAUCGUGGUCAGCGGGGCGCUGGUGGCCUUUGCCUUCACUGGCAGCAGCAAAGGGAAGGACAUCAACACCAUCAAGUCCCUGCGCGUCCUCCGAGUGCUCCGGCCCCUGAAGACCAUCAAGAGGUUGCCCAAGCUCAAGGCCGUGUUUGACUGCGUGGUGAACUCGCUGAAGAACGUCCUCAACAUCCUCAUCGUCUACAUGCUCUUCAUGUUCAUCUUCGCCGUGGUGGCCGUGCAGCUCUUCAAGGGGAAGUUCUUCUACUGCACGGACGAGUCCAAGGAGUUCGAGAAGGACUGCAGGGGCGAGUACCUGGUGUACGAGAAGGACAACGAGGUGAAGGCGCAGAAGCGCGAGUGGAAGAAGUACGAGUUCCACUACGACAACGUGCUCUGGGCGCUGCUCACGCUCUUCACCGUCUCCACCGGCGAGGGGUGGCCGCAGGUCCUCAAGCACUCGGUGGACGCCACGUACGAGAACCAAGGGCCGAGCCCCGGGUACCGCAUGGAGAUGUCCAUCUUCUACGUCGUCUACUUCGUCGUCUUCCCCUUCUUCUUCGUCAACAUCUUCGUGGCCUUGAUCAUCAUCACCUUCCAGGAGCAGGGGGACAAGAUGAUGGAGGAGUACAGCCUGGAGAAGAACGAGAGAGCCUGCAUUGACUUUGCCAUCAGCGCCAAGCCGCUGACCCGGCACAUGCCCCAGAACCGCCAGAGCUUCCAGUACCGCAUGUGGCAGUUCGUGGUGUCCCCCCCCUUCGAGUACACCAUCAUGGCCAUGAUCGCCCUCAACACCAUCGUGCUCAUGAUGAAGGUGGGCAGGGACGGCGCUGGGGGGGCUGGGGAGCCCCCCGGGGGUUGUUCUCAGGCCCCCCCCUGA